GGGAUACCUCCUCUGUCUUGUGGGGCGUAGAGACACGGGGGCGACGCAGUUUCGAGGCGGCGAGCCCGCAGUGCCGUGCGGAGAUGCUGAAUAUGUGGAAAGUCAGAGAGCUGGUGGACAAAGCCACCAAUGUGGUGAUGAACUACUCAGAGAUUGAGUCCAAGGUGAGAGAGGCCACCAAUGACGACCCCUGGGGACCCUCCGGACAACUGAUGGGAGAAAUAGCCAAAUCUACCUUUAUGUAUGAGCAGUUCCCAGAGGUGAUGAACAUGCUGUGGACCAGGAUGUUGAAGGACAACAAGAAGAACUGGAGACGAGUCUACAAGGCUUUACUGCUGCUGGCCUAUCUGAUCAGGAACGGGUCUGAAAGAGUCGUCACCAGCGCCAGAGAACACAUCUAUGACCUGCGAUCUCUAGAAAACUACCACUUUAUCGAUGAGAACGGUAAGGAUCAGGGCAUCAAUGUGCGUCAGAAGGUGAAGGAGAUGGUGGAGUUCAUCCAGGACGACGACAGACUGAGAGAGGAGAGGAAGAAAGCCAAGAAGAACAAAGAUAAAUAUAUUGGAGUCUCCUCUGACAGUAUGGGAGGAGGAGGAGGAGGGGGAGGAAGCAUUAAGAACUCUAAUGAAUUGGAUCGGAGUAAGUGGGAUGAGGACUGGGAUAAGAGCAGAGGAACUUUCCCCUUUAGUGAGAAGCUCGGAGAGAUCAGUGACAAGAUAGGCAGCACCAUAGACGACACACUCAACAAAUUCAGAAAGAAGGAACGAGACGACUCACCCGACAGAAUCAGUGACAACGAGGAGGACCGAGCCUCGAGAAACGGUAGGCAGGAAACUCUUGAGUUUAAAGACGAGGAGGAGACUGUCACAACAAAGAGCAUCCAGAUCACGCAAGCAACAGAAACUACGACCACCACCACACGGAAACGUAGCGGAGCAACGAGCAGCAAGACUCUGGACCUGGGCGCUGCGGCCCACUACACUGGAGACAAGAGCCCAGAGGACAAGUCAUCAGUCAGGCAGUCUUCCAGUAGCGGUCUAGCUGACCUGCUCGUGAUUGACCCCUUAUCCAAUCAGAGCACUGCAACUGGUGGCAGUUCGGACCUCAUCGGUGGCUUUGCUGACUUCUCCUCUCCUGCAGCCUCUGCCAGUCUCCCAACCUCCACCGCUGCUGCAUCAUCCAAUGGAAAUGGAGACUUUGGAGACUGGAACGCUUUCUCGGCCAAUCCACCAGCUUCGUCUAGCUCCGGUCCCUCCCAGCCUGUCACUGACCUGUUUGGCAGCGUCCAGUCACCCACAGCCCCGACCUCUAAUCCCACCGCCACCACCCCACCGUCUGCCGAGCUCUUUGACCUGAUGGGUGGAGUUAACCAUCAACUAACCAAUCCACACACAACACUGAGUGCCUCUCAGAGCAUGACUUUCUCUCUGGGAGGGGUGACGCCAGGAGCCUCUGUUGCUAUGCCAGCCAUGCCCCUUUCUCGCUCUCAACAGAGCUUGGGAGGCAUGACAUCUCAGCAGCCCAUAGGACAGCAGCAGAAGGUCAGUGUUGGAGGUCCAGGAUCGUUAGGGUCAACCUGGUCUGACCCCUCCGUCAACAUCAGCCUGGACUUCCUGUCAGCAGGCCUCAACCCCACGAAGACACCGCCCACACUCAACAAUAUCAUCCAGCAACAAGGAGUGCCUCCCAACCUGUUGGCCCAGAACUUCGGAGGACUGAGCCUCAGCUCCCCGCCCCAUGUGACGCCCAUUAGACCACCAGCCAACGCCAUGACAAUGGGAAUGCCUGCAUCUAUGGCAACUGGCAUGCCUGCUUCCAUGGCAUCAAGUAUGCCCCCUUCAAUGACCACGGGUACCAUGGGGAUGGGGGGAAUUCCUGUAAACCAAGGCAUGAUGGGAAUGAACAUGAGCAUGAAUAUGGGCAUGGCCGCUCCAGUGAUGAUGGGUGGUAUGACUGGCAUGGGCGUGCCAGGAGUAGGGAUGGGCCUCACACACUCCAUCACCCCAGCCGUGGUUCCACCCAAACAGGAUGCCUUUGCUAACUUUGGCAGUUUUGGGAAAUGAAGGAGUGCAAAUGCGUGUGAGUGAGUGUGAGCGUGAGUGUGCAUGUCUGACAUGUCAGGAGUGUGAACCACAGGAGGACUGCUGUACUUGAAGACAACCUUGCAUGUUUCUCUCUCUCUCUCUCUCUCUCUCUCUCUCACUGCUUCUGCUAUCUUUGGCGAGCUGGCACCAGUGAUCGUUCAUCAGCCCAGUGUGUUGACAUGAUCUUGGAGGUGGGAGAGAGCGCCGCCUGGUGCCCCUCAUUCGGUGAAAAUUAUGUCACACAGUGGACACCGGAAGGGCAGGGACGGUGUCAACCCACAGCCUAUAGUCAUUACUCUCCAGUGAGGAACGGAUCCUCAUCUUUACCUGUUUUAUAUAUGAACUGCAGUAUGUCCCCCCACAUUACAAAAUAAACACAGCAAAAAGUUUCUCUGUAACUGCACGGAGAGUUCAAUCAGUAACUCUAAUGAAAAUGGCUUUGUUGCCUUAAUUUUGCAUCGUAGCCUCAGAUAUCAUGUUUUAUAAAAUGACAUCCAAAUUCAAUCACAAAAUUGAAGCCAUCACUUUAUUUCCAGGGAGUCACACUCCUUUUCCUAACAGUAGAGCAGUUAAAAAAAUCUGGAGUAUACUGAGCCCAUACUCUGGUCCUCCAGCAGAGGGCAGGAUGGGUGUAUGUGUUGGGAUAACACUGUAUGGUACUUAUUCUUGAGCCAUAUUAGGAUGGAUGAAUAGCAUAUUACAUCCCUUUUCUCCCCUGUCCUUUUGUAUCAGGCUUGUAGCAGUUCACAGUAACUCAGUGUACAGUAGGACACUUACUGAUGUUUAAAAGAACAUGAGUGAAGCCUUGAACUGCGGAACAAAAGUCCCUAAAAUGCCAUUGGACUCUUUCAAACACAAUAAUCAGUCACUGGUAAAAGUGAUACUGUUCCUCUACUCUCCAUUCUGGAUGUCUUUGUCAGAUUCAUUCCUGAUAAAGGGGUCAGUCAGUAUUUUAAUAAGAGUACCAUUCACUGGUAGUUUCUCUUGAUGCCCUCUCUGACAUUGUCUUACCUCAGGCAUGAUGUUGUAGGACACGUGACUUUAUGUAAGCAUUGCUUUCUGACCCACAUAGAUCUCUUCUGUUCAUUCUACUUCUUCAUACAGACACUGUUUAUGUAAAGAGGUCCAGAAUCAUGUUUUUUAAAGAGUAUUUGCCAACUGAGGGUAUACAAUGGUCGCCAUUUGCAAGACAGUACAAUACAAUCGUCUACAUUUCUUCCAUGUGUAAGGCCGCGGCUCACCUCUGAAUUUUUGGGUCGACCCAGCAAUGUACCUUUAAUUACAUACAUUUCUUUGCCAGCAACAGAUUUUCAGCCCACAGCUCACGUGGUGGUCUCUUUGUGUGCACCUCACACACUGUGUACUAGAAAACAACCACCUUUACAUUUGACAUGGGUUAGAUACAUUGGAGGAUUUUUUUCAUUAGCUGCAUUUUAAUAAAUGAUUUCUAAGGCUAGCUGAGACCAAUCUAAAGGGUUUUUGGGGUCUCGAGUGAAGUGUGUGUGAGAAAGGAGUGAAUGAGUGUGUGUGACUUUGUGUAUGGGUAUAGUUUUCUCUGUUUGAUGUGCAAACACAGCUAAGCAGAGCCUCUUGUCAUUUUCUGAGGCGCUGCACUCCAAAUGACCAAAUCUUUAUUUUGUUACUCUCAGAAGGAUGAUUCCAUAGCUAUUAGUUUAAUAUUUUAUUAGUUUACUUGUAAGGUUAUGUUCAUAUGAGAGAGCUACUAAUACAUAAUUUAGUUGACUGGAAUCAUGUUUUUUUUUUUUUGGUUUUGGUUUUCGGUACAGCUUGUUUUAUUUGAUUGUACUCUAUAUUUUCUGUACUUCAUUCGACAUUAAAUUAAAUUAUAACAAUGAAGAGUCAGG